GAGGAAGGAGCGGGCCCAGGGGGCUGUGAGGUGGCAGCGGCCGCAGUAGCGGAGCCGGCAAGUCUCUGGAACUUGGAGUCUGGUUCGUUCGUGUCUUGCGGCCGGGAUUCGGGCUUUGUCAUCCUCUAGAACAGCGUCAGGUCCUCUCCAUUCCUUGCUCGGGAUCUCCUUUCUCUGGGGUGUGUGGAAAUUAAGCUGCUCCCUCCCCUCUCCGCUUACCCCCCACACCUCGCACCCGUCCCGGUCCCCAACAAGUCCGUGGCCGAGCUCUCCCUGGGUCGGUGGGGUUGGAGUCCAACCCGCUUCGCUUCGGACUCCCUGGGAGGAGGCUCGCUGUCUUCCCCGAAGCUUCUGCUCAACCCUAAGACCCUCCUUGUCAGGAUCCCCCCUCUUUUCGCUUUCUCUCCUCCCCCUUCUAAAAAGAAAAACGGAAAAAAAGGAAAUAACUCAGCAAACUGGGCUUGUUUUGCUGCUUCCCCUGCGCUCUCUGAAAGAACAGGUUUUCAGCUCUAACUCCGGACAAACCCAGACUCGUCUUUGUCUCCUCUGUGCAGACUUAGUAUUUAUCCCUGGCUUCUGGGAGGUAGAACUACGUUUUCCUUACUUUUGAUGUAGGUACAUCUAAAGUUAGCUGAGCUAGGCUUCCCCUUGCAGGGAGAUUUAGCAGCCCCUUCACCUUCUUUGGUUUCUUUGGUGUUUUGAAUCUUUUUUGGAUUCUUUGGUCUAGAGCUGUUCCAACCCUCUCAUUUUACAGAUGAGGAAAGUGAGGCCCAGGGAGAUGAAGUGACUCGUCUAAAAUCACAUCUCUAUUAAGUAGCAAAAUCUCUAUAGGUAGACCAGAUAAAGGAGCAAGAACUCAUGCAGCAAAGACUCCUGGAACCUGGCUCUUCCAUUUCCCUCAAAAAACGGUCCAGGCAGAACUGUUCUUUGCAGCUUGCCUUAAGGUAAGCCAGAUUCCAAGGAAAUGCCAUCUGCCACUGGGCUCUUUUGAGACAGUAUGGGUGCUCAGUCAGCAAGCUUGCCUACUUCACUCAGGUACCUCUUCUCAGAUGCAGAAUAUUAGCAGGUCUUGGUCACUUUUGAUUUGUGGACUUCCCUAAGCGACCCUUUCCCCACAUCACUAAAGGGAAGGCCAGGAGAGCCAGACACUCUUUCUUGUAUUAUCUUGAGCAGAUAGGCCAAGUGAGAAUUCUAGGGUAUGGCUGAUCUAGAACCUGGAACUCUGGAGGACAGGCAGAUCUGGAUUGAGACUGAGCUUAGUUACUGUGGUUGGUGGCUCUUGGUUUGAGGUGCCAUGAAUCUCUCCUCUUAUCCUUCUUUCAUCUCUUCUUAUAGCCACCACUUGCACUACGUCUAGUGCAAGUCACUCCUUCCUUGUAUCAGGAACAGGAGUCUAGUCCUUAUGUUUGGUUUUCUCAUCUUUCACCAAAAGACCAAACUGUGAUCGCAGCUGUGGAAUCUUGUUAGACUAAUUGCAGGCCUAAUUGCUUCCUGUUCAAGAGUUAGAUUUUUCUGCUCUAACAGCUGGGGAGUAAGAGGGGGCUAAAAAAUAAAGGCCAGGCUAGGGCUCAAGGGAAGCCCCUGGGUCCUGAUUUUGUCUUGAACUUCCCUGGGAAAUGCUAGAUCCUGGAAGCACACCUACUCUGCUGUGCUAUACACCACAUUGACUCCAGGUUCCUUACUUAAAGCUUUCCGUGUAGCAUUGCCCCAGGCUAUCUAACACAUAAGGCACUUAGCCUAGUUGAUCCUUGAGGCUGUGCCCCUUGUUGGGGGAAGGCAUCGCUGCCACAGGACACACCACCAUGCGACUGAGCUCCCUUCUGGCUUUGCUGCGACCAGCACUCCCCCUCCUCCUAGGACUGUCGUUGGGGUGCAGUUUGAGCCUCUUACGGGUCUCCUGGAUCCAGGGGGAGGGUGAUGACCCCUGUGUGGAGGCUUUGGGGGAACUUGGGGGGUCACGGAAGCUAGAUUCAAGGACCCAGCUUGGCCAGAGUGAUGAAGACUUCAAGCCCCGGAUUGUUCCAUACUACAGGGAUCCCAAUAAGCCAUACAAGAAGGUGCUCAGGACACGGUAUAUCCAGACGGAACUGGGCUCUCGUGAACGGCUGCUCGUGGCUGUCCUGACCUCCCGGGCCACACUGUCCACACUAGCAGUGGCUGUGAACCGCACUGUGGCCCACUACUUUCCUCGGCUACUGUAUUUCACAGGGCAGCGAGGUGCCAGAGCACCAGCUGGGAUGCAAGUGGUAUCCCAUGGAGAUGAGCGCCCAGCCUGGCUCAUGUCAGAGACCCUGCGCCACCUUCACACUCACUUUGGCGCUGACUACGACUGGUUCUUCGUAAUGCAGGAUGACACCUAUGUCCAAGCCCCCCGCCUGGCCGCACUUGCUGGCCACCUUAGUAUCAACCAGGACCUGUACUUGGGUCGGGCCGAAGAGUUCAUUGGUGCAGGGGAGCAGGCCCGGUACUGUCAUGGUGGUUUCGGCUACCUGCUGUCUAGGAGCCUCCUGCUCCGGCUGAGGCCCCACCUGGAUGGCUGCCGUGGAGACAUCCUCAGUGCCCGUCCUGAUGAGUGGCUUGGGCGCUGCCUGAUCGAUUCCCUGGGCAUUGGCUGUGUCUCUCAGCACCAGGGGCAGCAGUAUCGAUCUUUUGAGCUGGCCAAGAACAGGGAUCCCGAGAAGGAGGGAAGCUCAGCAUUCCUGAGUGCUUUUGCCGUGCACCCCGUCUCUGAUGGGACGCUCAUGUAUCGGCUACACAAGCGCUUCAGUGCCCUGGAGCUGGAUCGGGCCUAUGGUGAGAUAGAGCAGCUGCAGGCACAGAUCCGAAACCUGACAGCACUGACCCCGGAGGGUGAAGCAGGGUUGAGCUGGCCAGUGGGGCUCCCUGCCCCUUUCACUCCACGCUCCCGUUUUGAGGUGCUGGGUUGGGAUUACUUCACAGAGCAGCACAUCUUCUCCUGUGCAGAUGGGGCCCCCAAAUGCCCACUCCGGGGGGCCAGCAGGGCAGAUGUGGGUGAUGCUGUGGAGACUGCUCUGGAGCAGUUGAAUAGGCGCUACCAGCCCCGCCUACGCUUCCGAAAACAGCGGCUCCUCAACGGUUACCGCCGCUUUGACCCAGCACGGGGCAUGGAGUAUACGCUGGACCUCCUUUUGGAGGCUGUGACCCAACGUGGGCACCGUCGAGCCCUAGCACGAAGAGUCAGUUUACUUCGGCCACUGAGCAGAGUGGAAAUCCUACCUAUGCCUUAUGUCACUGAGGCCACGAGGGUACAGCUGGUGCUUCCCCUUCUGCCUACAGAAGCUGCUGCUGCCCCUGCCUUCCUAGAGGCCUUUGCAGCUGGUGUCCUAGAGCCAAGGGAGCAUGCUUUACUGACCCUGCUGCUGGUCUAUGGGCCACAGGAGGGUGGUCGAGGGGCCCCAGACCCCUUCGCAGGGGUGAAGGCAGCAGCAGCAGAGCUGGAGCGCAGACACCCUGGGACACGACUGGCCUGGCUUGCUGUGCGAGCUGAGGCACCCUCCCAGGUCCGGCUCAUGGAUGUAGUCUCAAAAAAACACCCAGUAGAUACACUCUUCUUCCUAACUACUGUCUGGACAAGGCCUGGGCCUGAUGUUCUCAACCGCUGCCGCAUGAAUGCCAUCUCGGGCUGGCAGGCUUUCUUCCCUGUCCACUUCCAGGAGUUCAACCCUGCUCUGGCCCCAGUGAAAUCACCCCCGGGGCCUCCCGGGGCUGGCCCUGAUCCACCCUCCCCUGCUGGUCCUGAUCAACCUCGGGGGGCCUCAGCUGGAGGCCGAUUUGACCGGCAGGCCUCUUCGGAGGGGUGCUUCUACAAUGCUGACUACUUAGCAGCUCGAGCCCGGCUGGCCGGGGAACUGGCUGGACAGGAAGAAGAGGAAGCCCUUGAGGGACUAGAGGUGCUAGAUGUUUUUCUACGCUUCUCAGGACUGCACCUUUUUCGUGCAGUUGAGCCAGGCCUGGUGCAGAGGUUUUCACUUCGGGACUGCAGCCCGAGGCUUAGUGAGGAACUGUACCAUCGCUGUAGGCUCAGCAAUCUGGAGGGAUUGGGUAGCCGGGCUCAACUUGCUAUGGCACUUUUUGAACAAGAGCAGGCCAACAGUACCUAAUCCACUUCUCUGUACGCUGGUACUUCCUUAUCCCUUCCCUUUUGCUGUUUUUGCCCCAGGAAGGGCAAAGCAAGAUGGUCUGAGACAGAUGGAGAAAUUGUUACUGUAUUUUUUUUAAAUGAGAAAUAUUAUUAAAAGUUUGUUCUACCAAA